AACUGUUGGAUGAUUGACCAAAUCUUAGUUAGCCUUUAAGAAUAAGGUGGACAAGUUUCAGAUGAAUCAAAGGAAAUAAUUGAAAGAAAAAUGUGAAAUGUGGUUGGUUGAAGACGCAUAGUAGUACAUAGAAAAUUAAAUAGUGAAAGCAUGGUAUAAGAAUGAGAGGGUCAGAGUCAAGAAGCUGAAGCUGAAAGUCGUUGAAGCAGCUUCGCGUUGGAGUUCCCUUUCCCAUUCAAGUACUGUAUUCCUUUCGAGUACAUAGGAAGGGACUCUACUACCUCCCCUUUCCACGCUUACAAAUCAACCCAAUAUACUCACCUUUUCAAAGUUUUUGUCUUUUGGCCUUUUCAUUCCGAUCACCGUGAUUUCCAUGGAUUUAGAAGCAGCACCCCAGCUUGAAGAAAUAAAGCAAGAGGGUGUCGGUGGAGGGAUCAAGAAGAAGAAGAAGAGCAAAAAGAGUUCUUUUUUUCCCAGCUUUGGCUGUUUCAGAAUAGAACAUGAUGUUUCAGGAGGAGGUUUUGAUAUUGAGGUUGUUGAUGAGUCUGGUCAGCGUCCCAUCCCAACCCACUUGAUCAUAAUGGUUAAUGGUCUCGUUGGCAGCGCUCAGAAUUGGAAAUUUGCCGCAAAACAGCUUCUUAAAAGGUUUCCAGAAGAUGCUGUUGUACAUUGCAGUGAACGCAAUUCUUCGAUGUUGACCUUUGAUGGGAUUGAUGUAAUGGGAGAUAGACUAGCCGAGGAGGUUAUAUCAGUUAUAAAACGUCACCCAAGUGUUCAGAAAAUUUCAUUUGUAGGUCACUCUUUAGGAGGCUUGGUGGCAAGAUAUGCAAUAGCCCGGCUUUAUGGGAGAGACAUAUCUGUUGAACUUUCUGUGGGGAAUGGACAUUGUGAAAGCCAUGUUUCAGAUCAAGAAUGUCAUGAUAGAAAAUAUGAAGGAAAAAUUGCAGGACUCGAGCCCAUUAAUUUCAUUACAUCUGCAACGCCACACUUUGGUUCUAGAGGUCAUAAACAGGUUCCUAUGUUCUGUGGAUUUUACUCUCUGGAGAAAGCAGUGUCUCGUGUUGCUGGGGUUUUUGGUAAAACGGGAAAACAUCUAUUUUUAACAGAUAGUGGCAAUGGGAAACCCCCUCUUCUUCUCCAGAUGGUUCGUGACUCCGAAGACAUUAAAUUCUUGUCUGCUUUACGCUCCUUCAAACGCCGCGUUGCCUAUGCAAAUGUUCGUUAUGACCAGCUAGUUGGAUGGAGUACAUCAUCUAUCAGACGUAGAAAGGAACUCCCUAAGCGCCGGCAUCUUUCAAGACAUGAAAAGUACCCUCAUAUUGUAAAUGUAGAGACAGCAAAAUCUAGUUGUGUCGCUGAGGAAGUUCCUGCUGAAUCCAAACUGAGUAGUGAAUCCUGUAAACUUGAUUCAGAAGGGGCAGUUAGAUGUGAGAAACAUUUUUAACAAGCGAAUCAAAUCUUCAUAUGAUAUACACCACGAUGAGGUUAGUAUAAAGUAGGUAAUUUCAAAGAAAAAAAGUGUGUUUGCAUGAGCUAAAAAAGCACUACUUAUUAUAACUGUGGCACUCUGAGAUGUAAUUUUUAUUAAAUUUGUGAGUAGUUCAAGAUCAUGGCUGUCAUCACUAAUCUAAAUAUGACAAUCUAAAACUUGAAUAUGAAUUUCGUAGAGACCAUAGACACGUGAAUGCAUAAUUAUUUGCCAUUACAUAAUAGUUUUUGUACAAGUACUUGUAUCCUCUUGUUGGUGUUUAUAAGAAAGCAAAGUUUCUUUAACAGAGAACAAAAAUGAACAAAAAGUAACGAUAAAAUAUAUUAAAGGAGAAUAUAUGGAAGGAGAACAAUAAAAACUUAUUUUAUUGAAUCAGGAAACAUUACAAUUUAUAAAAUUUAAAAAUAACUAUCCACUAACAAUGUGUUCUUAGAAUUAAGCCAUUAAAUAAAAUGCAUGAAUCAAAAUAACAAACCUAAACUGAUUCCUUAAAACUAGGAAAAUAAUAAAAAAUAAAACAGAAUUAAAAGGUGCAGUCCUGAAGCAAUUUUCUAACUUUCUAACACUCCUCGUAGAAUUUCCUGGUAUGGUUAAGAACCUUGAGAACAAAUCCUGAAUGUUGCUUCUGAAAUUUAGUUACAUGCUUCUGCCAAAUCGGAUUGAACAUAAAGAUAUGAUGCUUUAUAUUGUGUACAAAUUAACAACC